GGGUAUCCGAAUUUCAAUUGGAAAAGGUUUAAACCAGCAGGUGAUGCAAAAGAAAUAAAUAAAAAUAAAACUGAGACACAUAUCUUCUUUUUGCCACUCACACCAGGAUUCCGGCGGUCGGCGGUGUCGUCCAUCCAGAUGGGCGACGUGCAGGGUGAGAUCGUGUUCACCCAGCUGUUCCCCACCUUUCCAGUGAUGGUGUCUGGACGCGUCAAGGGCCUGGCACCCGGGGAACACGCUUUCCAUAUCCACGAAUUCGGGGAUCUCAGGGAAGGAUGUCUCCGGGCUGGAGACCACUUCAACCCCUUCCACCGGGUAUCCGAAUUUCAAUUGGAAAAGACACAUAUCUUCUUUUUGCCACUCACACCAGGAUUCCGGCGGUCGGCGGUGUCGUCCAUCCAGAUGGGCGACGUGCAGGGUGAGAUCGUGUUCACCCAGCUGUUCCCCACCUUUCCAGUGAUGGUGUCUGGACGCGUCAAGGGCCUGGCACCCGGGGAACACGCUUUCCAUAUCCACGAAUUCGGGGAUCUCAGGGAAGGAUGUCUCCGGGCUGGAGACCACUUCAAUCCCUUCCACUCGGUUCACGCGGCGCCCAGUAGCUUGCGGCGCCACGUCGGCGACCUAGGCAACAUCAUCGCCGACAACGACGGCGUCGCCCGCGUGAGCAUCCUCGACCACCGCCUCACGCUCUACGGACCUUUCUCCAUCCUCGGACGCGCCGUCGUCGUCCACGACGGCCGUGACGACUUCGGCGUCGGCGGCAACCCCUACAGCCUGUCCUCGGGCAACGCCGGCAACCGACUCGCUUGCGGCGUCAUCGGCGGCGGUCGACGAUGAAAAACACCAAAAAAACAGCUACAAGGAAUAGGGAGAUGAUUACUGACGAUGGUCGAUCGACGGCGACAAUGAGGUCCGAAAGGAAAAGAAACGGUCGACCAUUUUCCCCUCACAUCAAAAUCACAAUAAUUCCGCGGGCCAGUGGACGACAGCGAGAGAGAGAGAGAGACGGACAUAAGCUUCACACUUUCUUCCGACGAAUUUAUUUAUACGAGACUUGACGCCCCUUCUUGCCUUUCGAUGUACGACACACGAUGAAUGAAGAUGAUGCCAACA